AUGCCCCCGCCGCCGGGACGCUCCGCCGCUGCCCGCCCGCCCGCCCGCCCGCCCGGCGCUCUCGGGCGCUCGCUGCCGCCUCGCCCGCUUUCAGCCCGCGCCGGAGCCGCAGCCACAAAGCCCCCCCCCCGUCACCUCAGGAAAGAGUCGCCCCCCGCCCCGCUCUCCGGGCCGACGCGCUUCUCGCCUCCCCCCGUCCGCCCUCCGCGGGGGCUGCCAUCGAGCCGGCCGCUACGCGAGGCCUUCCGCCGGUCCGCUCCCAUCCCAUCCCCGGGCCGAGCAGCAGCCCAGCGGCGCCCGCCCCCGCCUGGCCAUCGGCGCCGUCCGUCGCCACCGCUCGGGCUGCCCUUGCCUGCCCGGCCCCCAGCCUGCAGGCUGCCCGCCCGGGGUUGGGGCGCGGGCGACGGAGAGGCAGCCGGGGCGGGGGGGGGGGACGCGAGAGUGGCCGCCUGGGCUGCCGGGCCAAGUUGGCGCGCGAAGCUCCCCGCUGCCGCUCCGCGCCCGGCCGGCCGGCCCGCCUCUGGCUCCGGUGCCGCGGGGACACGCUGCCCUCUGGCGGCCGCGACAGGCAAGAGGGCGUGGCUUGUCCUGCCUGUUAGCGGAGGUGUGCAGAGAACGAUGAACGUCACAAUGAAGCAGCAGCCUGGAAAUGCUACAGCCAGAGCGGAGCGAUGCAUUGGGCCACGGUCUUCUCGAGGUUUGGGACUUCUCUAAAGUAUUCCUUUCUUCAAAAGAGGCUGGAGACAGCUGGAUAUCUACCAUGAGCUCUGGAGCAGUGAGGAGGUCAGACAUGAUGAUGAGCAGCUCUGUGGUUGUCCUGAUCUGUGUUUGCUGUCGGGUCUUGGCAUUGAUGCACAUCGGACCAGAUAGGAAGAGUUCAUUGAUGCAUUCACUGUGUAUUGGACCAUGUACGUUUUCUAACAUUAUAAUGGUUUCCAUAAUUAUUUGAAAAUAAUGCAAGACCAGAGAGUCUGGGUGGCAA